AUGGUCGUCCUUGAGCUCCUCAUUCCUACAGCAGAGCACGAACGCGGUAUUUGCGAGCACUUUUGGAGAGUAGCCACGAACUACCAUACCUACUUGAAGAUGAUCACAUGUGUGAGGAUUGCGAUAGGCGCCAAGCGAUUCUGGCCCGGCAAGAUUAGGAUAUUGAACAGAGCCCCAUGGUUUUGUGCGGGAUGGUUGGAUCUCAAAUCAAAC